CUCCCAGACCCAAAACGCCAAGGCCCCCCAUCUUCCCUGCUGCUUGCCUCAGAUGCCCGACUCCCGUUGAUUGCUACGUUGCUACUCGUCACAUUCAUCGCUAUACCCUGCUAGAUAUGUCGCAAAAGGACAACGAUCUUGAAGUACGCAGCGCGGUUGCGGGAGAUGCCAAGUUCAUCGUCGACACCUUCGAUUCCACUCUGCCGUAUCUCGCCUCGGUCGGUGCAGGGGAGAUGUGGGGCAGCGAGCCCUUCUCCCAGCGAGAUGGGUUCAUGGAAGAUAUUGUCGAGGCCAUUCAAAAGGUAGAGGACAAGGAAGCUGACGACACUCGCCGCAUCCUCGUUGUCGAACGGCGUGAUCCGAACGGUGCGGAAAACAGAGUCGCGGCUGCAAUGAUUCGCGAUGCAUUGCCUGAUCAUCUGCACCAACGGCCAGAGCUGGCCGAGGAGAUUUCCAAAGCAUUGCCUCUACUAUACCUCGAGGUCCUGAUCGCUGACCAUCGGGCUGGACCCGAUCGCAAGGGUGCGGGAGCGGCGGUGAUACAGUUCAUGAAGCGACGCGCACAAGCGAGUGGGAAACGUGUGCUGUACACCGACGCGUGGGCAGGGAAUGCGAGAAGGUUGAACCGGUACUAUGCGGACCUGGGAUUCGCAGAGGUGGGUGACUUUUCGCUGACUCGCAAGAAUGGGUCGACGUGGACGGGAACACUGCUACGGUUGGAUCUAUCCAGGUCUGCCAAUUAGACUCCGAAAGGUCUCAGGUCGAACCGGUCAUGUUGGACUGUCGUUGUUGCGCAUUGCAUCUUCACAUCCGAGACAUGGGCAGGGAUGAAUUUUGCCGUCCAUUUUUAUUAUGGAGCCGGUCGAGGCUGCGGCAUCUGCUACCGAACAUCGUGUAACACGUUGAGCGAAUCCUUCAGAGUCGUGAGACAGGAAAGCGAGAAAACGACGGGGAAGGUUGUACCGGCCGGGGCCAGCAGCGCGUGGAUAUGUGGGCGGUGUGUGGAAGAGUUUUCUUUUCGCUGCAAGCUUCGCCGCGGAGCCAUGUGCCUGCAGAUGUCGUGUCAACCACUGUUUCCAAGCCCUGCGACUGGGUUUUUUAAAGGGGAAAAGCUCCGAUGCGUUCUGACCGUCGGCAUCGCAUUUGUUACGGGUCUCCGUUUCACGCAGUAUCUGCAAUGCUGCUCCGCCGCAAAUGCAGCAGUCUCCUGUCUUGGCUCCGCUCGUUUCCGCAAGCA